AUGGCGACUGUCAAUGUCAUUAUCAAGCAUCAAGGGAAAAAGUACGACGUGGAAGUCGAUACGACAUCAACCGGCGAAGUUUUGAAGUAUCAACUCUACAGUCUAACCGGCGUCGAACCUGAGAGGCAGAAAAUCCUUAUCAAGGGUGGCCAACUCAAGGAUGACACGGACCUCAGCAAGCUAGGCCUGAAGCCUGGCCAAGUAAUCAUGAUGAUGGGAACACCAGGCGAGGGUGGAGGUGCCAUUCAGCGGCCAACCGAGAAAAUCAAGUUCAUCGAAGACAUGACAGAGGCCGAGGCUGCGCAGCAGGCGGGCGCUACUCCGGCCGGCCUGAUCAAUCUUGGCAAUACCUGCUACCUCAACGCGACACUUCAGGCUCUACGCUCUAUUCCCGAGCUCCAGGAUGCCCUCUCCAAACAUAAGCAUACCUCGAUGUCGGAGAUCCCCCAAUUGGACAUCACCAACCAGCUGAAAGAACUUUUUAAACUGAUGUCUGAAACCCAGGGAGGGCUGGCACCCUUGGCUUUUUUGAAUGCCCUCCGCACAACUUUCCCUCAAUUUGCUGAGCGCUCAAGGAAGGGCCCGGGCUAUGCGCAGCAGGAUGCAGAAGAAGCGUGGUCCCAGAUCGUCUCCCAGCUCAGGCAAAAGCUCAAGCUGGAAAUCCCUGGCGAAGGUGGAGCGUCUCAAUCUGUUUCAUUCGUGGACAAGUAUAUGGCUGGGGAGUUUUCCACCACUCUUGAAUGCGAUGACCCUGCAGCCCUUGAGGGUGGUGAACAGCCUACCUCUUCCAAGGAAGCUUUUUUCAAGCUCGACUGCCAUAUCGACAAUCAGACGUCCCAUCUGAGGGACGGGCUGUUGAGUGGCUUGACGGGGAAGAUCAAGAAGCGAUCAGAAGUCUUGGGUAGAGAUGCCACCUACACCAAGACAUCUAAGAUUUCUCGGUUACCAAAAUACCUUACAGUUCACUUUCUUCGCUUUUUCUGGAAGCGUGAUGUUCAGAAGAAGGCCAAGAUCAUGCGGAAGGUUACCUUCCCUCACGAGCUCGAUAUUGUCGAGUUCUGUACCGACGAUCUGAAGAAGGCCCUCAUCCCAGUCAGGGACAAGGUCCGCGAAGUGCGCAAAGAAGAGGAGGAUAUUGAACGUGCCCGCAAGCGUCGAAAGAAGAACCCUCUCACCGACGGCGAGGCGAAGGAAGCCAACACGAAAGAGGAAAAGAAGCCGACCGCCUCUGCGGAUGGCGACAUCGUGAUGACCGAAACAUACAAGACGGACGCCGAAUGGGAAGCGGAGAAAGAUGCUUCGCUCCUUGCAGCUAAGAAAGAGCUGAACGCUCUGAUCGAUCCUGAACUUCGCAAGGAUGACGGCGCUAACCAGUCGGGCAUCUACGAAUUGCGCGCUGUCGUUACUCACCAGGGUGCCAGCACCGACAGUGGCCAUUACACAGCCUAUGUUAAGAAGGCCGCACCUAAGGAUCCGGUCACAGGAAAGGUCGGCACGGAGGAUGGCAAUUGGUGGUGGUUUAAUGACGAUAAGAUCUCUGAAGUAACGCCUGACAAGAUUGAUGCUCUGGCUGGAGGCGGUGAGUCGCACUCGGCCCUUAUCCUCCUCUACAAGGCGAUCCCCUUGCCAGACGCUGAAGGUGCUCUUUGA